AUCAUGCUGUCAUUAAAAUAGUUAUUUGAUCGAUACGCAUUUUUAAUUAAUAAGUAAGGGGGGAUUUUAAAUUAAUUUGUGUUCUUGCAACUACAAAAAUGACUUACGCACUUAGGGGCAUUUACGAUGAAGAAUUCAAUCGAUAUUUACAGCUUUCUAAAACCCUAGUUAAACAAAUCAAAACUACUAAAGAUAAAGAAAUAUGUACAAAGUGGAUAUCAAAACUAUGCACCCUCGAUUCCAAAGAUCCAGUGGUAAAAAAGAACAGAAAUCACUUUUUUAGGUAUAUGCUAAAUGUUCUCAAAAAGGGUGUCCAGGAAGGCCCCGAGGGGCACCUUGGCUAUCCUCAGUAUGACGACAGAGCAGGCAAAGGUUGGGAACAAAAAACAUACAUGAGCAGAUGGUCACCUGACAAAAGAACAUAUGUGGCAGCAAAACCAAUGCCAGGUCGAGGUGCACUUAUUUAUAUGGCUGUCGCCAAAGAUCCCAGUCUUGGCUGGGAGAUGCCACAAAUUAUUCUUACACCAGAAAAACAAAAAUCACCCUUUGACAAAUGCAAAAGAUAAGCUGACGGUGAAAUAUUAAAAGCAUAUUCAAGAUUCUAAAAUAGUCCUUUCAAAUACAAUAAUGUGUUCAUGACCAAUAAAACUUUAAAGAAAGUCAA